GUGUCUACAAUCCGUCCGCAGAUUGGCACGGCUUUGUUUGAAGUUAAGCCGUGACGAGAGCACCUUGAGGAACAAGGACGACGAAAAACUAUUUGGGCUCGAUCUGGAAAUCCUGUUGCCGCUCUUCAAGCCGAUCGUGCGUCCUCGCGAAUUCAGCUCCUGCUUCGUCUCGCCGCCGGCCUUAUAUCGCCGCGGCAAAAAAUGGCUCCGGGGCCCGAGGACGAGAAGAACCCUCGCCCUCUCGAUGCGGACGACAUCGCCCUCCUCAAGACCUACGGUUUGGGACCGUAUUCUGCGAGCAUAAAGAAGGUUGAGAAGGAAAUUAAGGAGAUGGCUAAGAAGAUCAAUGAUCUGUGCGGAAUCAAAGAAUCUGAUACUGGCUUAGCUGCUCCAAGCCAAUGGGAUUUAGUUUCUGAUAAGCAGAUGAUGCAAGAGGAACAACCUCUUCAGGUUGCAAGGUGUACAAAAAUUAUCAACCCAAACACCGAAGAUGCUAAGUAUGUGAUAAAUGUUAAGCAAAUUGCUAAGUUUGUUGUUGGGUUGGGUGACAAAGUCUCUCCAACUGAUAUUGAAGAAGGCAUGCGUGUAGGAGUUGAUCGAAACAAGUAUCAAAUUCAAAUUCCUCUUCCACCAAAAAUUGAUCCAAGUGUUACCAUGAUGACCGUAGAGGAGAAGCCUGACGUAACAUACAAUGAUGUCGGCGGAUGUAAGGAGCAAAUUGAGAAGAUGAGAGAGGUUGUGGAGCUUCCUAUGCUUCAUCCGGAGAAAUUUGUUAAGCUUGGUAUCGAUCCUCCUAAAGGCGUCCUAUGUUAUGGUCCUCCAGGAACAGGUAAAACACUCCUUGCCAGAGCAGUAGCCAACAGAACUGAUGCUUGCUUCAUUCGUGUCAUUGGAAGUGAGCUUGUUCAAAAAUAUGUUGGAGAGGGAGCUCGGAUGGUUCGUGAACUUUUCCAGAUGGCUCGCUCAAAGAAGGCAUGCAUUGUCUUUUUUGAUGAAGUUGAUGCCAUUGGUGGUGCUCGUUUCGAUGACGGUGUUGGCGGUGACAACGAAGUUCAGCGCACUAUGCUUGAAAUUGUGAAUCAGCUUGAUGGAUUUGAUGCUCGAGGGAAUAUUAAAGUCCUAAUGGCAACCAACAGGCCUGAUACUUUAGACCCAGCUCUUCUGCGACCUGGAAGGUUAGACCGUAAGGUCGAGUUUGGUCUCCCCGAUUUAGAAGGCCGCACACAGAUAUUCAAGAUCCACACAAAAACAAUGAAUUGCGAAAGGGACAUCAGAUUUGAGCUUCUUGCUCGCCUCUGCCCUAACUCCACUGGGGCGGAUAUACGGAGCGUGUGCACUGAAGCUGGGAUGUUCGCGAUCCGGGCACGCAGGAAGACGGUGACAGAGAAAGAUUUUCUGGAUGCAGUGAAUAAGGUCAUUAAGGGCUAUCAGAAAUUCAGCGCGACGCCCAAAUACAUGGUCUAUAACUAGGCUCUAAACUUGCAUGGUGUCUCAGGGGGAAGACAAAAUCGUGACAUCAUCAUCCAAGUUUGUCAUGCAUGGCCUUGCAUGUACCAUGAUGAGAGGUUAUAGUUUUCUUGUUAACAGGAUGGACAUGUUCUUCUCAUGGAUCAGAAUGGUGCGUGACGUUGUCGUUUUGAGUCAAAUAUUUUCCCUUCGUGUUUCUACUCUAAUUAUUUGAUGAUUCAAAUCUUUAGAAGUUAUUUUUGCUCUGUGGACAGUUGGAUCAGUUUAAUUCAGUGUACGCUUGGUGAUUGUUA